UUUUUUUCAUUUUCAUUUAACCAUCUUUUAUCAAAAUACUAGUACGGUCCUGUUUGGUCUCGGUACAUGAAGGUAAAAACCAGCACCAGCCUGGUACAAAAAACAUGAAACGUCGGUACCGAAUUGAUAUUGAAAAUUUUUAGUUCGGGAAAUUCGGUACUCCAAACCAAUACCAUUUUCUCAUCCCUGAUCAUGGAUACCGUACAAACACUAACGGUAUCGUACAACUUUUUUAUUGAUUUUCUUCAACUUUAGUGUUUUCUUUUUUUUUUUUAGUUUCAGGGCUAGGGAUGACCUCGUUGCCAACAGAUACUAAAUUUGGUACUGGUACCGAAAAUACCGGUUACGGUACAGGUAUAUGAAGGUAAAAACUGGUAGCAAACCGGUACCAGGAACGCCAAAAGUUGCUACCAAAUUGACUUAAAAUCUUUCAGUUCGGGAAAUUCGGUACCGGUACCCAAUAUCAUUUGCUCAUCUCUGACCACGUGUUUCAUACGAACAACAUCAUUACCAUAAAACUUUUUUGGUUGAUUUUCUUUCGGUUAUCUUAUGCUGUUUUUUUCUACAUUUUCUUUUUAUUCUUGUCAACGGUUCUGUGCGUAACGCGCUUGUAGUGAUUUCAAAACACAUCUAAACACAGACUAAAUGACAAAAGAAGUUCACCGCAACGCGGCGAGAGUGAUAAACCUAGUACCUUUUAAAACGAAACGUUAUUGUUAAAAACUAGAGUGAUAAACUUAACUAUUCAUUUUUUGAAUCAAUGGUUAAGAUGAACAUGUAGGAAAAAAGAGGAGUGUAGAGGAUUCUCUCUCCACAUUCAAGGCACAUGCCUAUUUCAUUCUCAUUUUAAACGUUCAUAACUUUUUUUAUACGACAUUAUUUUUCAUAAAAAUUUUACCAUAAAAUCGGGUGUCUUUUUAUCUUUAAUUUGAGUACAAUAUUGCUAUCUAAAUUAUGACGACUAAAAAACACACAAAAUGUGUUGUAUUUCUAUUCUAUGUGUUAUAAUAUUUUUUUUAUGUUGGAUCUUUGUGCUACAUUUUUAUGCUAUAUUUUUUGUGUUGAAUUUUUGUGUUGAAUUGAAUUUUAUGUACUAGACUUUUUAGUGCUUAAUUUUUUUGUGCUAUUUUUUUGUACUAUGUUUUUUUUAACCAGAUUUUUUUCUAUAUUUUUUUGUACUAGAUUUUUUUGUUGUAUUUUUUAGAAAACAAAAAAAAAGUGUCAUGUUUCAUUUUCACACUUCUACUUAUAAGGAUCAAAAUGUUUUAAUAACAAAAUGUUCUUCAUUCUACUUAUAAGAAGUGUCACACGUCAUCAUCACAAUCUUUCUUAUAUUAUUUAGACAAAAUGCACUUUUUAGUGAAUUAGACUAUAUACUGGAUAUUUCCCUGCGCGUUUAUAUGUAUUACAAAAUAAAAAAUUUAAUUUACUAUGAUGUUUGAUAUGCCCUAAAGGAUGCAAUGACACAUAGCAAUAAACCACAUAAAAAUAUCACUUGUUUUGAUUCCCUGAAUUAUUGAAGUUAGGUAUUUAAGAAUCAAAAGAAAAGACACCCAUGUGCAGUGUACCCCAUGCAUGUAUAAGGGGACCCGGGGUGGGGUACGUGAUAGUAGGGAUGGCAAAAAAGCCCAAGUCCGACGGGUAUACCCAAAACCCGAAACAUACGGGUCGGGUAUACCCGAAGCCUAAUGGGUAUGGGCCGGGUACGAGCUUAAAAAAAGAAAAAAAAUCGGGUAUGGGUACGGGUAUGGGAUUUAGUGAUACCCACCCGAUACCCGGCCCAUUUACCCGAAUAAUAUCCGAAUGUAUCAUAUUAUAUAUUUCCAUAUAUAUAAACUUAGUACAUGUACUUAGUACAUUCUCUAUACUCAUAUGUGGAUAUGUAUUUGGUAGGUGCUUAGCGAACAACUAACUUAUUUUUAAGCAUAUAUAUUGGAUAUGGAAGCUAUCACCCUUUAUUAUGUGGUUUUCUUAUGCAAUUUGGUGGUCAUGAUACAAUUACUUAAUUAAGUAAUCGUUUUGAUUUAGUUUGGUAUAUGUGGUCUGAAUAUCAUAUGUAAGUUAUUAAUCAUAUUUUCAUUUGUUAUAGUCAUUAAAAUAGUAAAUUAUAUAAACAUCAAAGUAAAAAUUGAACAUUUAUCCCAACGGGUAUUUUUAUAAAAUUAACGGGUAUACCCGAUACCCGCGGGUAUGCCCGAUACCCGACGGGUAAUGGGCCGGGUAUGGGACAAAGAAUUACAACCGGGUACGGGCCUGGGAUUACCAAUACCCGGCCCAAGCCCGGCCCAUUGCCAUUCCUACGUGAUAGUUUCUUUCCACGCGUGGAAAAUGCAAACAAACCACCGCCACCCUACUAAAAUAACGCGUGAAUCUUAAUUCGCGUGACAAAUGGAACAUGUGAGGGUAUGUGAGGAUUUUUUGUUGGGUGUUGUGAGUGAUUGGCAUUUCCACUAAAAAAAGUUGUGAGUGAUGGAAUAAUGGUUGAUAACAUGGCGGCAAUUGAUUGGAUGUUGUGAGUGAUAAAUGGAUCGUGAGUGAUAACCACCCCUACCCCUAAUUGUAAAUCACAUUGGGUGUUUCUAUUUAAUACCUUUUGGCGUGGAAUUAAAAUAGCAAUCAUCCAUGGAGACCAAAGUUAUGUCUGCUAGAGACAUUGAAGAGAUGAUCAAAACAUUUCCUCAAUACACUCAUAGUUGGGUGAAAGGCAGGGAAAUCAUGUACAACUAUCAAGGCAUAUGGUGCCAUCCAAAGUUCCUCGAAGGAAUAAUUUCAGCACAACAUACCUUCAAGGCUCAACCAAGUGAUGUGUUUCUAUGCAGUCAUCCCAAAAGCGGCACGACAUGGCUAAAGGCCAUUGCUUUUGCCAUCGUAACCCGACAAAAGUUUGACGAAUCCAACACACCUUUGCUCACAAACAUCCCUCAUAACUGCAUUCCCUCCCUUGAGAAAAAUAUUGAGCAAAUCCUUGAAAACCGCCACAUCGACAACUCAUGUAUCACACCCAUAGCCACACACAUUCCUUACAACUUAUUGCCAGAAUCAAUCCGAGCUUCAAACUGCAAGAUAGUUUAUAUAUAUCGGGAUAUAAAAGAUGUCAUAGUUUCUUAUUACCAUUUCAUGUUAGGAAGACUAAACGUACCCAUAGAAGAUGCCCCAUUUGAGGAGGCAUUUGACGAGUUUUGUCAGGGCAUUAAUGUCUUUGGACCAAUUUGGGAUCAUCUCUCAGGAUUUGCGAAAGCAAGCCUAGAGAGACCCGAGAUAACUCUUUUGUUGAAAUAUGAAGAUAUGAUAAAGGAUCCUACAAGCAACGUGAAGAGACUUGCAGAGUUCAUUGGGUAUCCCUUUACAACCCAAGAAGAGAAAGAAGGUGUGAUAGAAAGAAUUAUAAAAAUGUGUAGUUUUGAGAAUUUGAGCAAGUUAGAAGUAAACAGAAGUGGUAUUCAAAAUGGAGAACGCGCUAGGGCUAUUGUGUCUGAAAACCGACUCUACUUCAGGAAGGGUAAGGUUGGAGAUUGGGAGAACCACUUUACGGAUGAGAUGAAGGAAAAGAUUGACAAACUGAUCAAUGAGAAAUUGAGCCACACUGGCUUAGCUCUAAAAUGAAAGGCUCAAGAUCACACACACUAGAAGUUUAUGCUUUUAAAUAAGUGAGGGCUAAGUCUCUCUUUGAAUGGAUAUUUUCCAUCUAUCAUUAUGUGGUGUUCUUUCUUUAAUAUUUACACUAUGUUAUUUUAUGUGUUUUGUUGUAUUGUAUUUCUAUUAAUAAGAUAGUUUCUUUGCUUUCGUUUGUU